AUGACAGAUACAUCUCAACUAGUUGAUCCAAAGCAAGAACGUAUCUAUACAUUUCAUUUUCGUCAUUCUAAUAAACAUGUCGAUCUUACUGACGAAGAACUCGAUCAUUUUCCUUAUUUGAUUGCUCUCGUCGAGCAUAAAAAUGAUUUCUUAUCCGUUGAAAAUGAAAAUGGUGAAUAUGUAUUGAGUCAUUCUAUUGAAUAUCCUUGGUUUAUUUCUAUUCUUCGUUCCAUUAAAUCCGAACAACCAUAUACAUUAUUUAACGACCUAUCUGAAGACAAUAAUGUGUUGGACACACUUCAACUAUUUGAUUAUCUUUGUAUCAAUCCAUUUCCGUUACCUCUUCUAAAAUAUGAAGAAUUAGUCCGAUCAAACCCUACAAAUAUUGGCAAUGAUGAAAAACGUCUUGACUAUCAUCAAGCAAAUCUAUCAGAAGCACGACAAACAGCUGCAGAGUUCAUCAUAGCUCUUAAGAUGAUGAUCGUGGAUCUUAAUAAAACAAAAGAAACUAUUAAAAUUGCCUGUAAACAAUAUAUGUUUCCAGUUGUAUUGAUUUCAUUUCAAUGUGCUUUUAUUGUAUUAUAUGCUGUUUAUGCCGAAUAUGGAUUAGAACAAAUCACAAUUAAAAAUUCUAUAAGUCUUUGA